GAGAGAAGAAGAGAGUCAACUAGCUAACUAUAUAUACUAGUCUAAAAACAUAUAUUCCUCUGUUUUCCCAAAUAUUAUAAAACCAAAAAGCAACAAAACGUAGAGAAAAAAAGGUUGAGACUUUGACAAGUUAAGAAACAAUGGAGGAUGAAGAGGGAAGAAGAGAGAUGACGAAGAAACAGAGUUCAAGGUUUAAGAGCAUUUGCGUCUUUUGUGGUAGUAGCAAUGGCAAUAAAGCUAGUUAUCAAGAUGCAGCCACUGAUUUGGGCAAAGAAUUGGUGGCGAGGAAGAUUGAUCUUGUUUAUGGUGGAGGAAGCAUAGGUUUAAUGGGUUUAGUGUCUCAAGCUGUUCAUGAAGGUGGUCGUCAUGUUAUUGGAGUUAUCCCCAAGCUACUCAUGUUGCAAGAGCUUACUGGAGAAACAGUAGGAGAAGUGAGAGAAGUUGCAGACAUGCAUCAGAGAAAAGCUGAGAUGGCUAAGCAUUCUGAUGCCUUCAUUGCUUUGCCUGGUGGCUAUGGUACACUAGAGGAGCUACUUGAAGUAAUAACUUGGGCACAACUUGGUAUACAUGAUAAACCGGUCGGGUUAUUAAACGUUGAUGGAUAUUACAAUGCAUUGCUAUCAUUCAUCGACAAAGCUGUCGAAGAGGGAUUUAUUCUUCCUACCGCUCGACAUAUUAUUGUAUCCGCACCAACCGCAAAAGAGUUGUUUAAGAAAUUAGAGGAAUAUGUGCCUCGACAUAAAUAGUAACAAUGCCAUCGAAACUGAGCUCCGAGACGUUCAUACCAAAACAAGAAAAUAAAAAUCAUAAAUGGAUCCCACGGACGUCAAAUAUACGGACGGAUUGUCUGGCUCAUUCUUCGCGUUCUUUAUUUUCUGAGAUUUCUUUUGUAAACUCUUAUCUUCCGAUUUGGGCAACCA